AGGAUCGCGAAGCAGGCUCGGGCGUAGAUUUAGGUUUGGAGUAGUCGUCAAGUUCUAGGUCAAAGCAGAAAUUGAAAGGAGAUACGAAAUAGUGAUAGUAAUGGUGAGAUUGAGCAAAGUACUGUUGAAAGAUGGAGGAAGAGUUAUCGGAAUCAGCAAGACGCUUUCAGAGAUGCUCGUCUGUCCAAUUUCUAAGCAAUCCUUGAGAUACUGUGAGGAAUCGAAUUCUCUCAUCAGCGACACCAUAGGCGUUUCUUUCCCUAUAAUGGAUGGCAUACCUUGCCUUGUUCCCAUGGAUGCCAAGAUCAUCCAAGUUGGUGAUUCACCAGACACCACGAUGAAGAAGAAGAUAGAAAAUUAGUGAGAUUUUGAAUAAUAAUUGUCUUUCAUUCUUCUCUUAUUUAGAGAUUCUUGUGU